GACUCGGGCACUGCGGGUCGGGGCUUCCGGCGGUGAGUUCGGCGGAUGCUUACGGGCUUGGGCAGCAGGGUCUCGGAUGCGUCUGCACGUGCCCACCCAGCAGCGGGCCAGGGGCCCGCGAUGCUAGAGGACGGGGCUGGCUCCCGUUCCCCGGGGUUCCGCGUGGGCGUCCCCCACUCUGCCACCGACGCUUUCCGUCCCUGUGUCUGACUUGAACGUUGCCUUCCGCUCUCGUCUGCGCCGCCCUCAACUUUCCAGAGGGGCGGCGGGGCGGCCGGAGGCCGUGCUGGCUGUGCCUUCAGCCCCAUGCGAAAACAGACCCUCGGCCUGCAGGGGAGCGGCCCGGCGUCGCUGGCCAGGCGGAAGAAAGGACCUCCUGUGACCCUGAUAUCUGGAGUGAUGGAGGAUAUGCCCAGGAUGAUGGAGACAGAGGACGUCCUGCAGCUUCGGCUGCUCAGCCUGAAGCUCCUGAGGCAGCUGCAGGCUGGGCAAGAUGCCGUGCAGCGGUCAGUGGCCAAGACAGCCCCAAAGUCAGGCCUGAACUCCUGCAACAUCUACGACUCAGAGACACCAUUGUCCCCAGAAACUUCCUCAAUCUCCUGGCAAGCCUCCUGUUCAAAGGACAGAUGUCAUAAGUGGGACCCGCUGGAUACCCAUGGAGAUGACCCCUGUGAUGUGGCCUGGCUUGACAGGGUCAGCCCAAGGGUGGCAUCUCAACCACCUGUCAAGGGCCAACACCUAGAGCCCUUGGGCCAACCCAGAUUCUACUCACUGACCACCAUAGACCCAAAGGAGCCAGCGCCUUUAUCAGGGUUGUGUGAUCGGGUCCCAAGAUCCAUCCUGGCUGAACAAAGCGAGCAGUCCAAGUCCAGAGUGACCUGCCAGGAGCCUGCCACACCUGAGAGCAGCUGGAGCCUCCAGCCAUACCUGGGCUAUGACUGGAUUGUAGGGUCCAUGGACAGCAGCUCCUCCAUCACCAGCAAGCCCGAGACCUUUUUCUCUACGCUGCAGAAGUUCCGGGAGACCAACAAGGAGGAGUGUGUGUACAGUACCCCCGAACCCCAGUUCCUAGGCCUGUGUGACGGCAGUGACGUGGAGGAGGACCACGAAUGUGUGUACUGUUACCGUGUCAAUAAGCGCCUGUUUCUGGUGCCCUUGGAUCCUGGCAUCCCCUGCCGCCUGUGCGGGAGACCACGGAACCCUCAGAGCCCUAGGACCCUGGUGCAGUCUACUCGGGUCAGGGUGAGCAUCCCGCUGUCCAUCCUGGAUCCCCCGCACCAGUACCGAGUCCAUCGGCGGAAGAGCUUCGAUGCUUCAGACACGCCGGCUCUGCCUCGGCACUGUCUGCUAGGCUGGGACAUCCUUCCUCCAAAAUCUGAGACAAGUACAGCCCCCAAGAGCCUUGACCUCUGGUCCUCCAUCUCCGAGGCCCAGCACCAGGAGCUGUCACCAUCCAGCUCCCGCCUGGUAGGGUCCAGGUUGUGCCCAAGCCUGGGGUACCCUGUGAGGGACAGAUACCUUGGAGCAAACCUGGGAACCAGAGUGCCCUGGGGGGGCAGGAUUGGGGGUGCCAGGGCCUGCCCUCCCCCACCGACAGGCACCCUUUGACUCCACCACUCCUCGCUGCCCACCCUGUUUUACCCAGAAGGGUGACCCUGACUUUAAAAUGCAGGAGGGCCCGAGGCUGGGCCUGGGGACGACCUGUCCCCCAGGUUGCCCCGACACUUCUCUGUUCACCAUCCAGGCCUUGCCAGUGCGGGUCCCACCCCCUACUCCUGUCUGGUCAGAACCCCAGGGCACCUGGCCUUGUGUCCCAUGGCAGAAGCCCUAAGGACCGACUUCCUGGAGGAAGAGGAGGGCGCUUUCACCUGCGCCUCUGACCUCACCCUAGCAGGCACUGCCCCUGAAACAGACGACCCCUCCAGCUUCAGCUCCAGCAGCUCAGGCCCACCUAGGUUGGGCAGCUGCAUGGGCCCAGGCCUGUUUCCUCCUUGGGGUCCAGAAGGGAGGGUCUCCCAGGUGGAGGUGAGGGAAUUCUCUGCAAGUUUGUAAAUAAAGCUUAGUGCUCGCUGCA